GCUUAUCACGAAGCUGUGGCAGCAAUAGUAGAGCUGUUUCAUUGGCAGCUGCACGAGCGUGGAAGGAGGAGUGAUUAGAGAGAGAAUGACUAAGGCAGCAACUGAUAGAGAUCAGCUUAGAAUAAAAACAGACUCUCAUCGCACCAGAAAAAUGACGAAUGUUAGCAAAACUUCAGAUUCAGCUUGGCUGGAGGAGGCUAAAAGACACCUGCCUAUGGUCUCUGUGGUCCUCUACUCCAUGAUAUUCAUUGUCGGGACUCUGGGCAAUGGUUUGGUCAUCUACGUGACAGGCUGCAGAAUGAAGAAAACAGUCAACUCAGUUUGGUUUCUCAACUUGGCCCUGGCUGACUUCCUCUUUACAGCCUUCCUGAUUUUCUCGAUUGUUACUGUUUCUCAGGAGCAUCGAUGGUAUUUUGGACAUUUCAUGUGCAAGCUCAACAGCUUUGUGACUGUGGUCAGCAUGUUUGCCAGCAUCUUUAUUUUGAUGGCCAUAAAUCUGGAUCGUUGCCUGUCCAUCUGGGUGGUGGUGUGGGCACACAACAAGUGCACCGUUCGCAAAGCUCAGCUCAUAACUGCUGUCAUCUGGGUGAUCUCUGUGGUCUGCAGCGUCCCUUAUGCCAGUUUCCGUGAGGUUCGGCCAAGUGAUGGAAUAAUUCAUUGUGGUUAUACGCAUGAGGCACCAGUUUGGAGUCUCACCAUUUUUCGCUUUGUUAUGGGGUUCUUCAUCCCAUUCCUGGUAAUCUGCAUCUCUUAUGUGGCCAUAGGUGUUCGUGCAAAGCGCCUGCAGAGAACAAGGAAACGUCGAUCUGGCCGAAUUAUUUUUGCCAUCAUUUUUGCAUUCUUCAUCUGCUGGUUGCCCUUCCAUGUUGUAAAUUUUAUAGCGAUCACAAAUCCAGAUCUCAGGAAGGUUAUACAAAUUGUAGGACCUCUAACAGUGUGUCUGGCUUUUAUGAACAGCUGCCUGAACCCCAUUCUCUAUGUUUUCAUGUGUGAUGAGUUCCAGAAGAAGCUCAAGCAGUCUGUAUGCUUUGUCCUAGAGAGCGCCCUGGCAGAGGACCACUUGUCAUUUAUGUCCUCUCGCUCUUUGUCCUCACACCUCUCAAGGAUUUCCCGGAAGUCUGAAUCUGCUUCACCUCCAGAGAGGAAAGACACAGCAACUUCAUUAAACAUGGCAGAAUAUAAAGUGGUCAUUGCUGAGGAGAGAGAGACAAUGAGCACUGAGUAAGACCACCACAUCCAGCAGGCUAUGUAAAUUGUAAUCAAUCAACUUUUAAUCAGAGUGGAGGAGAUCAGUUGCUGACAACUGGCAUCUCAGAUGAAUUCAGGCUUUGAGUAUUUACAUUGUGUUACUGUUUUUAUAUCUUGAAGUGCCUUCUCACUUGUUGCAAAUUCCACUUUUUUCUUUCUCCCAAUAUGUUAAUUAGGUAGAAUAAUUGAUAAUGCUUUGUAAGUGUAAGCUCUUUAAUGAAUAUAAAAUAUUAAGUGUGCUGAAUUGUCUUCUACUCAUUUUGUAAAUAGACCAGUUUUAUGUUUAUAUUUGUAAACUCCAGCUUAUUUACCCAUGUUUACUGACAGGCUAAUUGUUCAUAGCAGCACCCAUGAUACUGUCACACAAGACAUCAUUUAGUGCAUUUCUAUUUCGUGAAUAAAAGCUCACUGUUGAUAAGA